AUGGCUCGUGUUUCGUCUUAUCGUGUUGGAUGUACACAAAAAUGUCUUCAAGCUCAAAAUGAUGCACUUAAUUCAACAUUUUUUAUUCUAAGACAAACAGGUCCAACAGCUUUUGUUAUUAAAGGAAAUGAUGAACGAAUAUUUAAAGUAUUUCUCGGUGAUCAACAUCAAUGUACAUGUUUUGCAUUCCAACGUGAUCGAGAAUUAUGCAAACAUAUUUGUUGGCUUCUUUUAAAACGAUUCCGUAUACCAAGAACAAAUCCAAUACUAUGGCAGCGAGGUCUUGUCGAACGGGAAAUAAAUGAGCUUCUUCGUGGAUUAACAUCAGAUGAUGAUGAAAGAUAUAAAUUAAAUCAUAAUUAUAGACAUGACAUUGGAAUUGAUGUUAAUAAUAUAGUUGAACAACGUCCAAUUAGUGAAAAUGAUGUAUGUCCAAUAUGUCAAGAUAAAUUUCUAAUUAAAAAAUUGCCUGUUACUUAUUGUCGACAUGGUUGUGGUAAUAAUGUUCAUAUUAAAUGUAUGAAAAUUUGGCUUGAUCAUCAAGUAUCAACUGGUGAAAAAAAAAUAAAAUGUCCAUUAUGUCGUGAAAUAUUUGGUACCCCCGAACAGCUCAAAGAAGAAUUUCGAACAAAUGAUGAUGAACAAACCGAAAAAUUUUCCAUACAUUUAGGUUAUUCAUGUCAUCGUUGUCGAUCAUGUCCAAUAAGAGGCAAAUGCUAUAAAUGUACAACAUGUCAAGAUUAUUUUCUUUGUCAAACAUGUUUUAAUUUAAAUAUACACAAUGAACAUAGUUUUGAUUAUCGAGAAAAAUCCUAUCAACGUUGGAAAAUAGCAAUACGUGAACAUUUAACAGCAUUACCAAAUGCAAUUCAUCAAAUGAUUGUAAAUAGAGAAUUAAAUGAAAAUGAUUAUGAAAUUUUACAUCAACUUGAAACUGCUCAGAAUACAACAAUACAAGGUAUACCAGAAAAUAUUGUUAAAUUAAUGCCAACUGAACUUGUACAUGAACAUAGUCGUUUAUUAGAACAUGGUGAACAAUGUCGUAUAUGUUUAAGAUCUUAUCAAAUAGGUGAUCGUCUUCGACGUUUACCAUGUCGUCAUAAAUUUCAUAUUGAUUGUAUUGAUGGAUGGCUUUUACAUAGUCAUCCAACAUGUCCUGUUGAUGGUGAAAUUGUAUGGAGUGCAGAAGUAAAUAAUGAACAAAAAGAAAUCAAACGUCCGUCGACAAGUAUUUUUCGAAAUAGAACAAAAAAUGUUCGUCCAUCGACUAGUUCAUCUUUACUUUCUGCUGAUAUGGGAUUAACAAUAAGUCCAUAUAGAAUAAGAUCAAGAUUUAAUACGGAUCUUAAUCAACGUUUUCGACAUCUUCAUAUGCGUGCACCACUUCGUUCAUUAAUAACAUCGAUGCCUAUAGAAAAUUCUGUGCCAUUAGAAAUUAAUACUCGACGUUUACGAAAUAAAUCAAAAAUAAAUAAUGUUGAACAACAAUCAUUAUUAAUAUCCACUACUUCAAUAGCAAAUAAUAUUAACAGAAGAAAUAAUGAACUUAGGGAUAAUUGGGCGGUAUCAUCAAAUGGUUUUAAUUAUUCAAUUGCUCAACGUAGAUAUUCAAAUUCAAAAUAA